CGACGCCGUCGUCGUCGUCGUCGCCGUUGCCGUCGACCCGUCGUUGUCGACAGAGGAGGAAGGGGCAUUCGACGAGCCUGUUGGUCGCGAUGUCGUCCUCUCGUGGCAGUGGACCUGACUCUGGCGAUCUCAGCGACUCGGAGGACGGUUAUGUCGACACGGAUCCUCUGAGGUACGAACUUCGCAACAUUCAAAGCGUCAUACACGUGACAAGACAGAACAUCGAUGCUCUCAACAACCGCUUCGCUGGUUUUCAACAUCCACCAUCCAUUUAUCUGAACGAGUAUCAAGAGCUCACCAGCAAGUUGCACGAUCUGGAGUCCAAGGAACAGAAGCUCAACGAGUUGUUGAACGCAGGCAAGACAACUAUCGGAGUCUCCGUAUCUGAGAAUGAUUCUCGAGAUGCCAAUGCUAUCAAUAGGUGUCCUAGAACGCCUAUGAAAUCUUUGCUCAGGGCUUAUUUGCCCAACAAACAGCGUACCAGUGUUCAGGUGCGCGAAGGACUCUCUUUGAGGGACGCUCUAGCCAAGGCAAUGAAGUUGAGGAAUCUGACCACCGAAAUGUGUGCCGUCUAUCUCCUCGGGUUGGAUAAAUCCAAGUAUUUGACUUCUUGGGACGCGGACAUCUCUCUACUCGACUGCGAUGAGAUAUCAGUAGAGAUUCUGGAUAAGUUUCCUAUAACUACUUCGAUAUCGCAUAAUUUUGUGCGGAAGACUUUCUUUUCCUUGGCAUUUUGCGAGUGCUGUAGAAAGUUGCUCUUUCAGGGUUUCUAUUGUAGGACAUGCAAUUAUCGCUUUCAUCAGAGAUGUGCCGGCAGUGUACCUGCUCUGUGCCACCAAGUGCGUAUGCAAGAUGCUUAUUAUCAAGCGUUACUGGCGCACAAUCCAGAAACAACAGCUGGGAUUUUGCAACUACCGUCUGGCUAUGGCUUGAGUCGAAGUAUGUCGCCUUCUUUAGCACCGUCUAGAAAUCAAAGACAUCCACGUACCUUAGGACAACAGGAUCGUUCCAGUUCCGCGCCGAAUGUCUGUUUCAACAUGGUUAGAUCUGGCGGUGAACCGGCUAAUCUGGAUGAAUAUAGCAGGUCCCAGAGUUUAGGUCGACCUAUAGGUACUACCCAGUGUUCUGUCUCGCCUGGUAGUAGUCCUACUAAGCAUAGUCAAUCGACGCAAGCUAGUCCAACCAGUACUUUGAGACCGAAACGUCCAAGAGCACGAUCGGCCGACGAAUCUUCGAAAAAUCUUUUAGCUCCAAGGGAGUCUAUAGAAGACUGGGAAAUUCCAGCUGACGAAAUUUUGGUAGGAGCGCGCAUUGGCUCGGGAUCCUUUGGUACAGUUUACAAAGCUCACUGGCAUGGACCUGUCGCGGUAAAAACUUUGAAUGUUAAGAUACCGACCACGGCUCAGUUACAAGCAUUUAAAAAUGAAGUGGCUGUUUUAAGAAAGACACGACAUGUAAAUAUUCUGUUAUUUAUGGGAUGUGUUAGUAAACCACAGCUUGCUAUCGUAACGCAAUGGUGCGAGGGUUCAUCUUUAUAUAAGCAUCUACAUGUAUUCGAAUCAAAAUUCGAAUUAUUAACUCUAAUAGAAAUUGGCAGACAAACGGCACAAGGUAUGGAUUAUUUACAUGCUAAGAAUAUUAUCCAUAGAGAUUUAAAGAGCAACAAUAUAUUUCUGCACGACGACCUUACCGUUAAAAUUGGUGAUUUUGGUCUUGCCACUGCAAAAACAAGAUGGUCAGGAUCUCAACAAUUUCAUCAACCAACUGGAUCGAUUCUUUGGAUGGCACCCGAAGUCAUCAGAAUGCAAGAGGAAAAUCCAUAUAGCUUCCAAUCUGACGUUUAUGCCUUUGGUGUAGUUUUGUUCGAACUGCUAGCUGGUCAGCUACCAUACUCGAAUAUCAAUAAUAAGGAUCAAAUACUGUUCAUGGUGGGACGAGGAUAUUUACGUCCCGAUUUGAACAAGCUGCGUUCUGAUACUCCAAAAGCAUUGAAGAGAUUAACAGAAGACUGUAUUAAAUUUUCGAGGGACGAUCGACCAAUAUUCCGGCAGAUCUUAGUAAGCCUGGAGGGUCUUCUACGUGGUUUACCUAAAAUCACAAGAUCUGCAUCUGAACCAAAUUUAAACAGGACGCAAUUACAGUCUGAUGAUUUUCUGUACACUUGUGCUUCACCAAAGACUCCGGUGAACUUCCAGUUUGGAGCAUUUCCCUUUUAUCCUACUGGUGGGAACAUAUAGAGAGUAUUGCCCAAAGUAAUAAGCCUGAUGUAAUCGGUAUAUAGAAGGUAUAUGAUAAAACCGAAUAAGAUCAUUAACACUUAGUUAUGAACAAUCCACACGAUUCUUUCCAAUUAUAUCUUUAUCAAAUCACAAAUGUUUGCUCAAUGUGAAAGAAGACUGCAUUCUUCGACAUGACAUAAGAAAUAAAACUAAAAUAAAAUACAAUCUUUAUCGCAAAUAAGGGAAUAAGAUACGACUAAAUUGUAUAAAUUAAUCGGAUUAAAGAACUUAUGGCGACGUGUCGAGUGUAUAAGUCAUGGUAAAAACGAGAAAAAAAAAAAAGAUGCAUGUGUAACUUUUACCUUUACACACUACUUAAAGCAAUGGAUUUUUAUUUAAUCAGUUAACAAUCAUUCAUAUAUAUAUAUAUAUACAUACUCGUAUAUACAUGUAUAUAUAUACGUACCUGCACGUGAGCAUAAUAAUUUGUUGAUUUUGUGAGAUCCUUGUGAAGGAUGUAAAAAAUAAUAUUUAAAAAAAAAAACAAAAAAAAAUGAUACAAAAAAAAUACAAAAAAAAAAGAUUAACGGCAUUUAAGUCGCGCGGACUGUCAUUUAUCCGAUAGAUAUUUUUCCAAAAGCCGAAGUGAUUUUUGUACCUACUUCCUUUUAUUUUCGUCUCUGAUAUGCACGCGCACGAUCAGAACAUUUUUUGAUCUUACUUACUGAGGAAUACUUAUCGCGUCAAAACGAAAAAGAAAGGAACAAAAAAAUGUAUUGUUAUGAUUACGCGUAAGAAAAAAAAAAAAGUAAAAAGAAAAAAAUGUAUUGUUAUAAUUACGCGUUAUAGACUUCUUCGAGACAAGUAGUUUGUACACAUCUGUACAUCUCCACACAUACGCGCAUACACAUACACGUACACACACAUCUGUAUGGACGGAAAAAUUAUCGAAAUGAUUUAGAAGUUACCAAUUUUACAAUAUCGAUCGGUCGGUAUAAAUACGCUGAAAAUAGUAACGCUUACUUUGUUUGACGAAUCGUUGAGGAUACUAUUCUAUAUACCUACUGUCUUCAUUUUAGUAUAAUAUUAAUGAAAAAAAAAAAAAUAAAUAAAACGCAAAAAAAUCUCAAAAAAAAGAAAAAAAAAUAAGAAGUAUUCAAAGUAGUAAUGGAGCUCGUAAUAUUAUAAUAGAGUAAUGUCUAACUUGUAUUUCUUUUUUUCUUUUCUUUUCUUUUCUUUUUUUUUUUCCUUUUGUUUUUUCUUUCAAUUGAAAUUGUGUAUCUUUUGCCGUCGUUUUUGUAGAAUUUCUUUUUUAUUCUUCAAGUGUUAUUUCUUUGUUAAUAUUAUUAUUAUUAUUAUUAUUAUUAUAAUUAUUAUUAUUAUUUACAUAUGUGCAUACGUCGAAAACGAGGUCAAAAAAAAAGAAAACAAUUAUUUAUUUUAUUUCGAAACGUACCGUGAUUAUGUCUGUGGCCUAAGAAUAUUUUUUUUUCACGGUCGUUGAUACCACAAUUUUCGUGUUCUACUGAGAAUAAAAAAAGAGAGAAAGAAUGGGUUUCUUGAAUCGAAGCUUCGUAAAAUUUUCAAUACUUUUCGAAAUCUUCGUAACCUUUUUAUUUCAUUUAACAACGAAAUUCUCGUGAAUGUCAUUUUUUAUUUGUAUCUUUUAUUUUUAAUUUUCGUAGAAAAGGAACAUUUGUUUUCUCCUUAUUAUCAUCGAGAUCGUCAUAGCUUCGCGAGAUUGAUUGCGUAUAAUUAAAUAAAAAAAAAAAAAAAAGAGAGAGAAAGAAAAAUUAAAUAAAUAAAUUCGUAUACUCUCUUAAGAGAGGAAGAGGCGCGAAUUUCACUUCGAUUCGUCUUGUUAUAAGUACGUAUAUUGUUUGUUUUAUUCCUCUUUGUUUUAUUAUUAUUUUUUUUCUUUCUCUUUUUUCUUUUUUUUUUUUUUUUUUUUUUUAUUAGAAUUAACAUUGGAUAAACUUAAAAUAAGCACAUCACAAAACCAGCAUAAGUCUUCUUCGUUUUGAAAUAACGGGGCCCAGAGAGAGAAUUAAGGUUAGAAUGUGAAAACGUAAACGUGCGUCUAGUUUUUAUCAAACGAUGUUCUUGUUAUUGUUAUUGUUGUUGUGUGUAACAUUAUGUUAAUUAAAGGAUAAUUCGUUCGAAAAGGUAUAAUAUAAUGACCGAUUAAAUCGUAACAAUCAAAUUUUGUUUUUAAUAAAGAUGCAACACUUUUUUUUUAUGUUCGCAUGAUUUAUACAUAUGUAUGCGUAUCUGUUGCGUUAGAAUGCAUUUAUAUGCAAAAAAAAAUUAACACGUAUGUAAUUACUACAUAGUUUUUUUGUUUGUUCAUUUCCCUAUUGUGCUUAUAAUACUGAAUCUUUUUUUUUUUUUUCUUUUUGGAUCGUUUAAUAUAUUGCAUCCAUCGCUUAUGUGUAGGUUAUUAGAAGCAUAAGAGGCAAAGUUCAUCAAGUAAUAAUCAUUGUAACGAGAGGAAAGGAAUAAAAGAAAAUUAAUCGGUCGAUUUAGAA